AUGGAGUCGCUCUGCGUGGCUCUGCUUUCGUUUGCCGGCGUAGUGUUGACGCUGCGUCAACCCGAUGCAACGAUUUCUCUAGCAGCGGGCGUUGGAGUGGGAUUGUACAUCCUAGGGACAGUUGCGUACAAGAUUGGAAGAGCCUUGAUAUAUCCAUUCUACGUCUCCCCACUGCGAAACGUCCCCGGACCAAAGGACAACCAAUUCCUCGUCGGCCAAGCAAUCCGCCUCCUCAGAACGGCCGGCCCCAACGACUUGUACCUCGAGUGGGUGCGCCAGUGGCCGGACGCGCCCUUCAUCCGGUACCUGAGCUUUGGCAACGCCGAGGUGCUGCUCGUCAACAGCCUGGAGGCGGCGCGCGAGGUGCUGCAGACGCACGGCAACUCGUUUGUGAAGCCGGCCUUCUUUGAGAAGCUGGUGGGCGAGAUGAUGGGGACGGGCGUCUUGUUUAGCGUUGGGGAGCAGCAUAAGAAGCUGCGGCGGAUCAUGGCUGGACCCCUUUCGAAGCCGAAUGUGAGAAAGAUGUUGCCUCUCUUCAAGGACAAAGCCAGGGAGCUGUCUGCUUCGUUCGACGAGGCAAUUGCAGGAGAAAGCAAAGGAGUUGUCGAGAUCGAAGCCCUCUUCUCCCGAACCGCCUUCAAAGUCAUCAGCACCGCCCUCCUCAGCAGGGACAUCACCGACUUCCGCUCCAGGUCCUCGCCACUCAGCUUCGAGGAGUGCUACAAGGGCAUCCUCACGCCGCCGACGCUGCUGGGCAAGCUCAUCACCUUUGUCAACCCCUUCGUCCCGCUGCGCUGGCUGCCCAUCGAGGCGAACCUCGCCUUCAUCCGGGCCAACACCGCGCUCAGGGGGAUGCUGACGGAGCUGGUGCAGGAGCGCGUCGCGCAGGUGAAGCAGGAUAAUAAGGAGGGCGGGGACAAUAAGAAGAAGAAGGACUUCUUGACGGACAUGAUUGAGGCGAAUCUGGCGGAGAGCAAGGGGGUUUCCGACCAGAUGCUGGUCGACGUUAUCAUCCAAGGCGUCUCUGCCGGCCACGAGACGACAGCCGGGGCCCUCACCUGGACGGUCCACGCCCUCACGCGGCACCCGCACAUGCAGAAGCGCCUGCGCGACGAGAUCCUCGCCGCCCAGCAGAGGCAGCCCGACCUCGACGCCGCCACCAUCGACAGCCUGCCGUACCUCAACAGCGUCGUCAGCGAGAGCCUGCGCGUCUACUCGCCCACGCUGCUGGCCCCCUGGGAGGCCGGCCAGGACCUCGUCAUCGCCGGCGUCGCCAUCCCCAAGGGCACCACCGUCACGACGAUCCCGGCCAUGGUGCACCUCAACCCGUCCAUCUGGGGCGCCGACGACGUGGACGAGUUCAACCCGGAUCGGUGGGACGCUGCCGCUGGGCCCGUGGCCAAUCCGUUUGCCAUCGAGGCGUUUCUCAACGGGCCGCGGACGUGUCCCGGCAGGGCGCUGGCGCUGCUGGAGAUGAAGACGGUGCUGGUGGAGGUGGUGGGCAACUUUGAGCUGGAGGCGGCGAGGGAGGGGGAGGUGGAGGUGGAGAAUCCGAGCUUGACGCUGAAGCCCAAGGGGGGGCUGUGGAUUCGGCUGAAGAGGUUGUGA